UGGCAUAAGGACAGGGAGCCCUGCAGAUCCUGGAGGCGUAAGUGACAGCAGCAGAAUGAAGGUUGCAUUGUGGGGCUGGGGUGUAUCUUUAACUCAUCACAUCCCGAUUGUCAGAGGUUUACGUUUAGCCACUUUCCAUGUUCUGGAAAGGCACCUCCAGGCCACCUUAACGCUGCACCUACAAACUUUGGGGGCAGUCCAUUUCCUUGGCUUUUUUUGAAAGAUCAUUUUCCAGCACCCCAUGGCCCACAGCCCGGCUCUCUCCAUCCUUGUCUCCCAUCUCUCUGCCUGCCCAGCAUACCCUGGGCCUGGGGGUGGGGCAGGCAUUGUCAGGGCUGAGGACCAGGGAAGAGGAGGCAGGGACAGAAGUGGAGUCAGCGAGGGCAUUUUUGGAAGGAGGGACAGAGAUGGGGGCCCAUGAAGACAUAGGGCUUUGGAUGGGCACAGCUGAACCCUCCUCCAAUAUCUCCUACUGCGCAGCUCUGACCUGAAUCAGCAGAAUCGGGGGGAAUGGGCAGGAAGGGGGAGUCUGGAGGCUCUGCCCCAUGGCUGGGCACCGCAUGGGGAAGGUGAAGGCUUGGGGGUCCCUGCCCCUGACUGGGGAGGCAGCAGAGGGGAAACCAGCAUGGGGAGGAUUUGAAGGGAAGAGGGGUGUCUGUGGGGGAAGGGUACAGAUGCCUCCUUUUCCCUCCCCUCACACCCAGAUACGUCACCCUUAGCCAUCGGGUGGAGGUGCAGAGUCCCCUACCCCCAAUCAGGGAAGAGACUCUACACAUCUGUCUGCAGCAGACGUGGCUCUGUGACGGGGCCAACAAACCCUAUCCCUGUCGAGGGUGAACCAGCAGCUUGAGGCUUAAUGCCAACCCUGGGCCAGCUGUUAGGGUUGAGAAGAGGUGUUUCAAAGGGGGAGGCCCAGCAGCUGGAGGGCAGUGUGGGGAAAUAGGGCAAACAGGCUACGCUGCGGGUGACAUGGACUAUGGCUUCAAUCAGGAACUGGACAAGAACUGUCAGCUCUCUGAGGUGCUGGGUAAAGCGGGGAGCAUGCCAGCCCCAUGGGAAGUAUGGGACACCUCUGAAAUAAUGAUACCUGGCUUUUCCAUCAUGCUUUUCCAUCUGUAGUCUAAAGUGCUUUCCAUUACCCCUAUUUUACAGAUGGGGAAACUGAGUCCAAGUCUAGUGUUCUGUCCAUUAUGUAACAUUCUUUUUUACUCACUGCAUGUUACAAUUCUGGGUGACUUAUUCUGAGAGAGCAAUAAGACUAAGACUGACACUUAAUUUGGGGUGUUUUUUUCCAUAGGAGGAUGGAACAACUAAACGUUCUCUUCGGUAAUGUAUUUACAAAAGACAGAAAUACACUGCCUGGUCUUUCGGAGCAGGAAACUGAUGAGAUUAAGGCUGCCAUCGAAGCAGGAGACCUGUCAGGAGCAGCAUGUGUGGUGCAGAGGUCUGACGAGCUGCUUAAAAAAACUGAGCUCAACAUUGCAAUUACAGGGGAAUCAGGAACCGGGAAAUCGUCCUUCCUCAAUGCCCUCCGGGGCCUGAGAGAUGAGGAUGAAGGAUCAGCUGAGACUGGGGUGGUAGAGACAACCAAAGAACCAAUGCCGUACCAGCAUUCCAAGUACACCAAUGUGAUCUUCUGGGACCUGCCGGGGAUUGGGACCCCAGAUUUUCAGUCAGAUACUUACCUGGAGCAGGUGACAUUCAAUCGCUAUGACUUCUUCAUCAUCAUUGCUUCGGAGCGGUUCAGAGCCAACCACGCCAAACUGGCCCAGGAGAUCCAUAAGAUGGGGAAGAAGUUUUACUUUGUGCGCUCCAAGGUGGACUUCGACCUGUCCAAUGAGAAAGACAAAAAGAGCUUCAAUGAGGAGAGAACCCUGGAGCAAAUCAGAAACAACUGCAUCAAACACCUGUGCAGAGAAGGGAUGAGCUCCCCGCAGGUUUUCCUGGUGUCGAGCAAAGAAUUUCACAAAUAUGAUUCUCCCAAACUGCAGAAAAUGUUGCUGAAGGAACUGGAAAGUCACAAGAAACACAUUUUCCUCCUGGCCCUGCCCAACCUUUGCAAACCAAUCUUGGAAAAGAAGAAAAAGGUUUUGCAGAGACAGAUCUGGAAACAAGCCCUGAAGUCGUGCGCCAUCGCAGCUGUUUCUCUCCCGGUUCUCUCGGUGAAGUGCGACGUUGGCAUCUUGGUGGAUAACAUGAGGGAGUAUUAUGAGAGCUUUGGGCUGGAUGACAUUUCCCUCAUUACACUCGCUAGCCAGGUUCGGAAGCCUGUCGCUGAGCUGAAGAACGUGAUCAAGUCCCCAUUGGACAACAAGAUCUCAAAAGAAAAGGCUGAGGAGCUGCUGACUGAGGCUACAGGGGAAGGUCUAAUGGUAGUUAAACGUUUUGUCAGCAUGAUACCGGUGGUUGGGACCAUAUUUGCUGCAGAGAGGUCUUUCACAGUGACAUACAGAAUGCUGAACAGCUUUCUGGGUGGUGUUGCUGAAGAUGCCCAAAGAGUCCUGAUCAAGGCAUUGGAGACACAAGAGAAAACAAAUGAAUAACAGCAACAAAAGACCAGGAAACUGGAUACACGCCUCUGGCAGAUGGAGCUUGGAGCCAACCAGGGGACAAUGGCAGAUUCUUCUGUACUCAAAUCUAAUGCAACAAAAGAAAGAACACUGAAAAAUAUCUCCAGAGUUUGGCAAAACUGAGAUACAGUUCCUUCAUCCCCUAAUUUUGUUAAGCCAGGCCCCAGAUGGGAAAGUUGAGAGACAGCAACAGGGCAAAUACCAGCUCAAAAAGUCCUGGUCUAUGUUAAUUAAAAACAUCGGACAAGAUUUGUAAAAUAUACUUUAAUUUUCUCUGUGUAAAUCGGUGAAGAUUCCUUGAGUCCAGCUGAGGAUGUGGCCUCCUGUAUGCAGUGUAAACCGGUGCAGUCUGACCAUGAGCAGCCAGCAGAGCUGUUAUCACAGUGCAAAACGUGAUCAGAAAAUAGUUGAACCAGAACCAGUUCCUUCCAGCUUUUGUUCUUUUCCUGAGUCCUUUUCCCUUUGUCAUUCAGUGCUGGGUUGGACCAGCUCCACCCCGAGCACUUGAACACAAUUAAUUAAAAGGACACGAUUAAAAAUCGACUUCUGAGCAAUAAGACACUGACCUGAGCCUCUAUCCUGCUCAGCUCCCAUGGACUCAGCUUUCAGCUCAACGCUGCUCUAAUGCAGAUCCCUGAACUCCAACAGACUUGGUUAGAAACCCCCGAGCACAGAUCCUCAGUAUGCACCUAGUUCCACUGAUCCAAUCCCAUUGACCCACUCUGGGGAUCUGGCCUUCCAGGCACAUCCAUUUAACAGAUCUCUUACCAGAGGUUCGCUAAAGAUUCUUUUCUCCGUUUGCCAUCCUCACGCUAAGUUGUAUCCUGAGUAGGGCUAGGAAGUAUCCGUCUGCUAAUCCCAUAUCAGAGGAUUAAGAGUUAAAUUGCUGAAGUGAGAUUUUUCAUAUGGGCCCGAGCUGCAGUCUGAGCUGCUGCUGAUGGUGGUUUUGGUGCUGACGUGUUUGUUUAAUGUGGAGUUUAGAUUGGCCUGGGGUCAGGGAAUCACCCCCCACAUCGCUCAGACUCACCUGGGAUUUGCAGUUUGUAACCGCGAUGUGUCGGGCUCUGAUGACGAUUGGUUCAUAUGAUGCCACGCACCAGCCUAUCGCAAAUUAUUUGCUCUAUAUUCCACAGUCAGUAAUUCAUGGGAUUGCAUCUCUUUGCUCUGUGUAUUCGCUGCUUGUGGUUUUGUCAUCACUGCAGAUCUUAGCGCAAUACUUUUGUCUUUUAAUAAACUCCCAGUCAGCUGGAUCUGA